AUGGCUCAGGCGCUGCCCACGGCCAUGGCGAUGCAGGCAAAGCUCAUGGCCCUCGCCCGCUCGUCCUCCAGCGCCGUCUUCUCCCUCUCCAACUUCGACAUAGCCCGGAACAUCGUCUUCUUCGUCUUCGUCCUGCGUCUGCUGCGCCGCUCGUUCUACACCCUCCGCGGCCAUGGCAUCUUCGGCACCCUGCGCAACUUCUACACCUACCUCCGCCUGGUCUUCUACUCGCUCUUCCUGCGCGCCCCGGGCGUCCGCUCCCAGGUCGACAGGCAGGUCAAGACUGCCCUGACCAAGCUCGAGCAGAAACUGGCGCCCCAGGAGCCGGGCAUGGUCAAGUUCGUCAGUCUGCCCAAGAAGGGCAUGAGCAACGACCAGGUCAUGGCCGAGCUCGAGAAGCUCGGCGGCAUGAAGCAUACCAUGUGGGAGGACGGCAAGGUCAGCGGCGCCGUCUACCAUGGCGGAGACGAGCUGUUGAAGCUGCAGACCGAGGCCUUUGGCAGGUUUGCCGUUGCUAAUCCCAUCCAUCCUGACGUCUUUCCGGGCGUCAGGAAGAUGGAGGCUGAGGUCGUUGCCAUCCGGCGGAACGGAGUCCAUCCUCAUGGCCUGUCUGUCUGCUCGCCAAAAGGCCCUGGCCGAGCGUCGUGUCACCGAGCCCGAGAUGUACGCUCCAUUAUCUUCUUCUUCUUCGUCUUCUUUUUCUUCUUAUAUAUAUUUGUACUAACAACUAAUAGGAUCAUACCGGAAACCGCCCAUGCGGCAUUCACCAAGGCCUGCAAGUACUUCGGCAUCAAGCCGCACUACGUCGCCUGCCCGGCCCCAGACUACAUCGUGGACGUCUCUGCCGUCCGCCGGCUCAUCAAUCCCAACACCGUGCUGCUGGUCGGAUCGGCCCCCAACUUCCCCCAUGGCCUGGUCGACGACAUCCCGGCCCUCUCGCGGCUGGCCGUCACCUACAAGAUCCCCCUGCACAUCGACUGCUGUCUGGGCUCCUUCGCCAUCGCCUUCCUCAAAAAGGCCGGCUUCCCGUCCCCUUACGAGGACCAGGGCGGCUUCGACUUCCGCCAGCCGGGUGUCACCAGCAUCAGCGUCGAUACCCACAAGUACGGCUUUGCCCCCAAGGGCAGCUCCGUCGUGCUCUACCGCCACCGCUCGCUGCGUACAUACCAGUACUUCGUCAUGCCCAACUGGCCCGGCGGCGUCUACGCCUCCCCUUCCAUGGCCGGCUCUCGUCCCGGCGCCCUGAUCGCAGGCUGCUGGGCCAGCAUGAUGGCCGUCGGCGAGUCCGGCUACAUCGACAGCUGCCACCAGAUCGUCAACGCAGCACGCAAGUUCGAACGGGCUGUCCGUCAGAACCCCAGUCUGCGCUCUACCCUCGAGAUCGUCGGUAAGCCCAUGGUAAGUGUCGUUGGAUUCGCCUCGUCCACUCCCGAAGUAGACAUCUACGAUGUUGCGGAUGCCAUGACCAAUAUGGGCUGGCACUUGAAUGCCCUCCAGUCCCCGCCUGCAAUGCACGUUGCGUUUACCUUGCCCACCGCCAACGCCGUGGACCAGCUGAUUGACGAUCUGACCACUGUGGUGCGCGAGGAGGUGCUCAAGGCCGAACAACGACGGGCCGCGGGAGUCAAGGUCGAGAAGAAGCGCGGCGAUACCUCUGCCUUGUACGGUGUUGCAGGCAGCAUUCCGGACAAGAGCAUUGUUCGUCGUCUCGCAGAGGGCUUCCUCGAUACUCUUUACCUCAACUAA